AUGGCCGAGUGCCCGGACCUGUUCCCCGUGGCGGCGCGCGGCGCGGAGGAGGGGCUGGACACGUCGGCGAGCGGUGCGGGCGUGCGGCACGUCCUCAAGGUGAGCAUGCCGGACACGCUGGAGGACUACUACGCGGUCGGGACGUACGACGACGCGGCGGACACGUUCACGCCGGACGAGGACGGCGACUACCGGAGCUGGCGGAGGAUCGACCGCGGGCACCUGUACGCGUCCAAGACGUUCUUCGACGCGCGCAGGAGCCGGCGGGUGCUGUGGGCGUGGGUUAACGAGUCCGACAGCGACGCCGACGACGUCGCCCGGGGCUGGUCCGGGCUCCAGUCGUUCCAGCGGGCGCUGUGGCUGGACGGCGGCGGGAAGCAGCUGGUGCAGUGGCCCGUGGAGGAGAUCGAGACGCUGAGGACGAGGCGCGCGGCGCCGCUGCAGGGCGAGGGCGCGGAGGUGGAGCCCGCCGGCGGGCUGCGCGAGGUUACCGGCAUCGUGAGCUCGCAGGCGGACGUGGACGUCGUGUUCGAGAUCCCGAGCCUCAGGCGGGCCGAGGGCCUCGACCCCAGCCGGCUGGCUGACCCCGACGCGCUGUGCCGGGAGAAGGGUGCCUCCGUGCAAGGCGGCGUCGGCCCGUUCGGGCUGCUGGUGAUGGCUUCCGGCGACCUGCGCGAGCACACCGCCGUGUUCUUCAAGGUGUUCAGGCUCCUGCACGAAUACACUGUUCUCAUGUGCACGGACCUCAGCAGGUCCUCCACGAAGGCAGGCGUGUACAGGCCAACGCAUGGAGGGUUCGUCAGCGUGGACAUCGAGAAAGACAUGAGCAUAUCGUUAAGAACAUUGAUCGAUCACUCGAUCGUGGAGAGCUUCGGCGGUGGAGGGAGGACGUGCGUGACGGCCAGAGUGUACCCCGAGCACGUUGCAACAGGCAGCAGCCACCUGUACGUGUUCAGCAAUGGAUCGGAUGCAGUGAAGGUGUCCAAGCUCGAGCCCUGGGAGCUUGCCAGUGCGAGUGUCAACGUUGACGACGAUGAUGGUCUGGUUGGAUCAUCAGUGAAUAUGUGCCGCAGCGAGGAGUAUUAG